UGGACGGCUGGUUGGCUUGCGAGCAAGUAAGUAAAUUGUAAUUUCUUGCAGUCGUCAGAUAGGUAGUAGACAUUGAACUUAGGCAGCCGUAACAACACACUGAAAAUUAUUUUUAUUAAUAAUAAAUACUCUACUAAACCAAGAACCUGAAACACUACAUAUUUUUUAAAUAACAAGAAGCAAAAAAAAAAGAAACUAAAAUUUUAUAUGUAAAAGCAAGAAAAUCAUCAUCAUCAUACUUUUUCUGCUAGUGCAAGUGAAUGAAAAUUGAUAAAGAAAAAUUAUUAUUAAAUAAAAGUGUUGGAAAUGUAGAAAUAUCAACAAACUUGGCUGAACCUGAGAGAUAACAAUUAAUUAAUUAAUUAAAUCUUACAAGAAAAAUAUUAACAAAUCUAAAGCAAAGCUAAGAAGAAAAAAAAAUAGUAAAACAAAAAGUGUUUAUUAAAAGUUGUGAAAAGAAAAACAUGAAUGCCUAAAAAUAUUAAUAAUAUAAAACCUGAAAUUGUUUAAAAGAUGUAAAAUUACAAAAUUUUCCUUUUUCGUGAGAAGUGAAUGAAAAAAAAAACACACAAAUGCAAAAUUUUGUGUACCCUUAAAAAACCCCUGGUGCGCGCUGCCCUCCCUAUACUCUACAUAUAAAACAGCAAAAACAACAACAACAACAACAUAUGCACAUAUGUAUAUAACAUUACAACAACAGCAUGAAAAACGGUAUUAAAAUCAUUUAAAGGAAAAUUUGUAUUCGUUCGUUAUUGGUUCAAAAUAAAUAUUUAAACGAAAAAAUUGUUUCGAAAAAGGUUUUAAUAUAAAAAUUUCAAAUUUAUAUUAUUUUGCAACUUAUGAGCAAAAAGUGCUAAAGUGAAUUUUAAUAAAAAAAAAAAAUAACAAAAAGUGUUGAAAAAAAGAAGAAAAUGUUUCGAUAUCUUUGAAUUGUAUCUAAACCCAUUUUACUACUCAUACAAAUGAAACAAUUCUCAUGUCACGGUUUAAUUGGAUUCAAGUUGAAUUGAGAGCAACACAACAAACGCGCGGCGUUUCAAGUAUUCCUGUGGUUUUCAUACCCACAACAAAAACAACAACUACAUCACAAAUCAAACAAAUUCAGAUAUAUCCAAAACUCUCCCAAACACAGAGAGAGAGUCCCACAACUUUCCCAUAGAGAGCCAGCAUAGAGCAUAUUAAACGAAUAUAAGAGCAUAUUUUGAAAACCAGUGGAAGGAUAUAGCAACAAAAACACACACACAAAAAAAAUAUUCAAAAAGAGUCGCGUGCGUAUUUUCAUCAUCAACAUCAUCGUUAAAUAUUUCAAAAACCAAAAAAAAAGUAGCUGCAGCAGUAGAAAAGCAGCAGCUUUAUAACUACACCGCGUUAAGGAAACACCUUGCUUUUUUGGAAACCAAUACUAAAGCACACACUUACAUACACACACAUACAUUCAUACUAUCUACUUGUACAAAAAAGGAACCGAAAACGAAAAAGUUUUGAAACCAGUCAGCAGCCACUUCGACUUGUAACUUGAAAUAAAAACUUUCCAUGUUCAAAUUUCAAACAGCCAAAAUUGUCAACAUUCAAAUUUCUUAUAAAAUUUAAGACCUUCAGCUAAGAACCCCAUCAAUUAUGGAUCAGCCUUUAAAGAAUUCAAAACACGCCACAACAUCUUCUUUGGAAGGAACGACAGCGUCAGCAACAACAACGAUGACGGCAACACAAAUGAGGGCGACAUUAAUAUAUUUAGCGCCUUUUUUGCAACCGUGUAAGAAUGUUGUUACAUCCACAACCAAGUCUACUACGGCAACGGCAACAGCAACAACGACGACACGAGCCCAGUCAAUGCCACAUCAGUGUUUGGGUAAUGAACAAGAUAUUGCAACAACGGCCACAGCAACAGCAGCCGUGGUAUUACAGCAACAGACACAUGUGGCCCGUAAUCGUCUGAAUAGCAGUCGUAAUAAUCAUAAUAAUGCUAUAAAUUCAAAUAGCACCAUCAUUAACAACAACAACAACAAUAACAUUAACAACAACAGCACUAGCAGUAGUAGUAGACCUUGUUGCAGUAAUACUCCCAAUACGAAUCACAAGACUACGGCAACUAUGAGUUGUACAACGGAGUGUGUUGCAAGUAAAAUGAGUAGUGGCAUGAGUAAAAGUAGCAGUUGUAGUAGUACUACUACAAGUAGUAGCAGCUGUUGUCAUAAUACUAUGCAACAACAAGAAUCUGAAUACCAGGAGGAAAAGCAGGUUAAGGAGCAAAAUUUACAACAAAAGGAUAAAUAUUAUAAAAAUUAUGAAAUGCCUGCCUUAGAGACCACAACAACGAUAAAAACAACAACAAUGCAAUACGCCUCUAAUAAUAAAACAAGACAACAAACACAGCAGCAGCAGCAACAGCAGAAAGAACACCUUAAAGAAGACAGACCCUCGUCAUUAUCUAAAACAUUAUUAUCAACUUCUUCUUCUUCAUCGUGCUCCUCAACUCUAAGCUCUCCUUUGGCAACCUCAUUUGUAAACUAUGCGAACAAUCGUAGUACAAAAUAUUUACGUGAACGUGGUCGUAGGAAUAUACUACAGCAACAACAACAACAGGAGCAGACUUUAAAACAAAAAACACAUGGUUCCAUAUUAAAACAACAACCACCACCACUAGCACUUAUGCAGCAAACUGUGAGGCAUGAAGUACAAGUACAGCAAGAAGUAGAUACUGAAAAACAACAACGAAACUUAACGUGUGGUCGUGGUCCUUACAUUGCGAAGGACCAUCACAGCAACAGCAACAACAACAACAACCACAUUAAAACUAACAACACUUCAGUGUUGUCAAGAUGUCAUUGUUUAAAUAAUAAUCAACAUAAUAAAAAUAAUAACAGCAAAAUUAUGCUCAGCAAUGUCCAAGACAUCAUGCAGCACAACCAACUCAAUAUAGAAACCAACCGCAUGAAAACUCUCAUGUACUCGAAUAACUGUGAUGACCAGCCAGACAAUGAUGCAGACUAUAAUGAUGAUGAUGAUGACAAAGUGGAGCAGGAUGAGACGGUGUAUGAUAAUCACUCGGAUGCUGGAAAUAUUAAGGAAAAUAUUCAUUUAAGAUUAAGAAAAAAUCAUCAUCAGAUGCAGCAGGAACAGGAGGAGGACGAUGAUAAUGAACAGAAUGAAAAGAAUACAACACACCAGAAUUCCUAUAUUAAUUAUAAAGAAUUAUUAUUUAACACAAAUCCAAAAACCAUUAAAACUAUACAACACUCACACUCGCCCUCACCAACAACUACAACACAAUCUUCAUCAUCAACAACAACAACAACAUUUUUAACAAAUCCUUCGUAUACAACGAUAUUAAAUAAGGAAUGUAGGUGCUUUAAACAAUAUAAACGUGAUACUAUUGGCAGCGAAUGUAAUUUAGAACAAAAGAAUUUGAAAAUAAUUGAAGGAGCAGCAUCGCCAUCAUCAUCAUCAUCAGCAUCACUUAGUGAUAACUAUUGUAUGAUCAAUACUAGUGGCGUCUCAUUAAGUUCUCCCACAGUUUUGGACAAUUUGUGGCAAUUGCUGCAAGGCGAUAGUUUGGCGUCAUCAGUUGGCUGUUCCCAGUUGUAUAAAACGGUUGCGGUUUCAAAGUGGUUGUUUAUGUGGCUGUUAUUUGUAAUGCUGUCAACAUCGGCUCAUGGUUGGGCGGGACGAAAUGAUGUGCCCACCAAUUGUACAUUUCCUGCCCGCUGGGAGGGCUCUUGGUUCCUAUCGGGCUAUCAACAAUCUAUACACAUUAAAGGUUCCCAAUUUAGUUAUAGGGGAAGAUGUGCUGCUUCGGAUGGUAACAAAUAUUUAAUUGUGGACGAGAAAGGAUGUCAUCGGUGCCUGGUCAUUUAUGAGAAACACAACAAUGUGUUGCAGUAUAAAGAAAGUGAGUGCGAAGGUGAUAGUAUGUAUAUGCAUCAAACAAAUCCAUCUGCAAUGGCGAUGCGUAGCGUUUUAAAUCAAAAAACCAACAAUAAUGGUGGUGAUCAUAGGGGGGGAGCUCAUCCCAAUUUGAACGGGCAUUCAAGACUAUCCUCAUCGGAUCAAUAUAUAAUGAGAUCCAAUGAUGAUAUGAAUGAUUGUCCCCCAGACUUUUGCAAGGGUCGUGAAACGUUACAGAAUCUCUGUGAUCAAAUACCAGGUGAUGCAUUAUUAUACUCACUAUUUAGAGAGAGUGCUGAACCAGUGAAAUGUCCUCUAAAAGGCCCAUUUAUCUUCACUUAUAACCGAGGCAAUGGCGAGUGUAAAAGUCCUGUUUCCAAUAUUGAAAGUUGCACCGAAGACAGUCGUUUGUUAUUAAGUUUUCAGGCCUGUCCAGAUGUUGUGGGUACAGAAAGCACGGUGGAGGAACUCACUUGUCUGGCUACUUGGAAAGAUGGUAAUUCUCGUUAUUUGGUGGGUUUAGUGUCGCAUCAUCAUGCCAUAUCGAAUGAGGAACGUUAUCGUUGUUUUGUCUAUGAGAAAAUAUCCUCAUUAAUGGAUCUUGGCCACUUUGCUGGACCCAGUAUGUCCACUUCCAAAGAUGCGGAGUACAAAUUGGCACAAUCGGGAGAUGCUACCUGUAAUGGGUUGGAUAGUGCAGAGGUGGGAUCCCGUAUAAUGUCCUUGCGCAAACCGCCCGUCACCGAGAGAUGUGACUUCCCGGUAUGGUUCAAAGGUCCCCGACAUUGGCAUGUAUUAAUGGGAAAUGCGGUCUACAAUUAUCAUUCAAAUGAUGGUUCCAUACACAUUAUCAAACCCAAUGGUUACAUGGAAACUCGAGCAUUGUGCGAGCAAAUCAAUAAACAAACCUCCACGGAAAUGAUGUCGGUUGUACACUAUACCACAGGAUGUCAAUCCGGAUUUAUGUGCAUGAUGUUUUAUCGCCGUGAUACACAUGUCAUUGAAAUACAAACGGGUAAGCCAGCCUCGCGACUAGAAGAUGCCUGUGCCCCCGAUCAUUUCGAUAUCAAUAAAACUCCCUAUAUAACAUUAUUGGCCUCUAAUCCUGAUCCUCAAAUUUGCCCCAUGGAAGGUUUAUACAGUCUAAGAGGUGCUAUAGGUCCUCCUUACUUGACCACUAGACAUAAACGUAAUCACAAUAAGGUACAUGGCCUACACAAUCAUCAUCACCAGUAUGAAGGCCCAGGAGGGCGAGAGUAUUUGCAUAAAAGACACAGCUCCCUUAGUUUCCGCAAUUCCCAGCAUGAUGAAAAGAAUGCCUGGCAUUCGAAUACCCGUGGUCUUCCUAUACGUUCACGCCGUGAUGCUUCUAGUACGGUUACUCCUUUGGCCACUUCAGAUACAAAUCAAACACAAGCAGCCAAGACCACCCAAGAAAUUUUGGUGGUGGGUAAUAGCACUAAUGUUGGUUUCGUUCAGAAUCCCGGUAGUGAUACUAGAUUAAGGAGUAGACGCAAUGUUCCUGAAUGUGUUACAAACUAUAAGGCCCAACGUCAGUUGUGGGUGGGCUGCACGGAGGCGAAUGUGAUUGAUGUGCGCCCAUUGUGCAAUGAUGAGGGUGAUGAAGAAUAUUCCUGUCAUGGUUCUUGGUCCGAGAAUAGUACGGUCUACAUAAUUGCCAGACAUAAAGGUACUAAGCAUGGUGUUUGCAUAAGCUAUCGGCCGACCGAAGGCACCUCAGCCAAACUGGUGGUGGGAGAUGCCUGCUAUCGAGGCACACUAAAGCCACCCGAACAUCAUUUAGUGGCCAAUUUAUCAAUAUUUGGUAAAUGCGGUGAAACCGGCUCCCACUCCCCCACCAUGCCCGUAGUCAGUUGGUUUAACUUGCUGCUGGCCACCAUAUUAAUAACAUUUUUGAGUCAAUUGCCCAUACAAAGAUGAUUUCGUAACUAAGAAACUUCGCUUCAACAUAAUCUAGACUUAAGUAUAAGCAUUUAACGAAAUAAGCUGACAUAUACAUACAUAGUAAAAACAAAAGAAGAAAGAAAAAAGUUUUCAAUCUUUAAAAAUUAACAAAAUAUAUAUUUCAAAAAACAAAAAACUGAAAAAUUAAUUUGCAAAAACAAACUCACAUGUUAAAAACACAACAAAACCAGAAACCAUUUUUUUUUAAUUUAAGAACUAAAACAGAAAUU